AUGGCUGCCAACGAUAGCACCAACAACGUUGCAGGCACCAAUGCUGCUACUGGGCCUGCUGCACCAGCUGUGCCAGCAGGAUCUUCCACUCGAUUCUAUAGCAAACAUGCUCAGAAUAAGGGGCAGUAUGGACGCCGCUGGGACUCCUCUGAGAGUAAGCUCGAGACCUCUGGCCCUCCUGGCGCUCUGAACUCCUUUCCUGGACCGCGUCCUGCAGCUCCUGCAGCUCCUCCAGCAGCCUCGAGACCAAACCCAGCCGCUCCCCCGUUUACGCCUGCUCCUAGAAAAUGGGGCCCAAGCCCUGCAGCUGGAGCUCCAGGGUCCUCUUCUGCUGGCGUUGACACUGGAAAAGACUACAAGCGUAAGAACCGCAAGUUCAAGCCUAAAAAGGAGAAAAAGGAUGGCACGCCAACCAAUACGCCUGUGUCUGAUGCCCCUGGUGGGCUCAAGGAUACCACUAACCGCCGUCCUCAGAGACGCAAUAUGCCUGGAACUCGCAACCCAGGUAUGAGACGUCGAAACGAAGAAGGUGGACGCUCUGCAGCCCCAGGAGCCAACCAAGAUGAGCCGACGGUUGUCGAAGCCCCUGCACACGACAAGACUCCUGCUGUCCCUGCACAGGAAGACAAUGCUGUCAAGGAACCGGUUGGUGCUGAGGAGCCCAAGGCUAUGACGCCGCCCAAAGAGGAGGAUGCCAAACCGGCCGAAGUUAACCAGGCAUCCGAUGCUCCUGUUUCCAAAGACGUUGAAGUGUCUCCCCCGAAAGACGCUGAGGAUACACCCAAGCCCGCUUCUGAGCCUGCAGAGGAAAAAGCAGAGGAAGUUUCUCCUCUCACCAAAUGGAACCCCAUUUUCCCUCCAGGUGGCCCUAGACCAACUCCCGCCCCCAACGACGGAGCCUCCGGCGAGCAGCCUAGACGCACCAACUACGUCGACGCAAAUGGCAAUUACCAUGCCCCCAAUGGAACGAUCAUGAGCGCUGAGCUUCUCAAGCUGUUCGCUACCGGAAAGAUCCGCAACUCGCUGGGCGAUAAGGUGUACUUCAUGCCGUCCUUCAUUGAGAACCACCCCCCAGAGGGCCAGCAGCCCUAUCCUCUUGCCGGUACUCCCUCGCGCAUCUUCUAUGAUCCUAGAGAAUUCAAGAAGGCCUCGCAGUGA